GAGAAAGAGUCCAGCUAAAUUGAACAACUCACCAUCUACCAGAAAAAGUUUGAAGUGAUCUCAAAUUCUUUAGAUGUCUUUUCAAAGACUGACAUAGGCCUAAUUAAUAAAAAAUGCUAGACUUUGUCAUUUUUGCGGUUACAUUUCUUACAGUUCUCCUCGUUGCAAUAAUAUGGCUUUAUCCAGUAAGUAGAAAAAAUGAAUGGAAAUGGCCCUACACUACCUGUACCUAGUGCCUAGUACUUAGUCUGACUUAUUAGACUUACUAAAAUUAGACUUAGACUUACUAAUUAAUAAAUUAACUACUUAGACUUAGUACUACUAAUAACUACUACUACUGAACUGCUACACUGACUCAUGUAAUAGGUUGAAUGUAGAUGUAGUGUAGUGUAACUAGUACAGUAAAAGUUCAGUUUCUGGUGGGAUCCUGUUUUACAGGCAACAAUGGGAACUGCUUGGCUUCUCCGAUAGGAUCCUGUUUCCUGAUAGGAUCCUGAUUAGGUCCCGUUACCUGAUGGGAUCGCGUUACAGUUUGAAAAUUUGGUUAAGCAUACUAACUUUUACUGCAAUAGCCUACUCUUAACAAAACUAACAAACUGUACAACCUACUCAAAUUAGGCCUAAAAAAUAAAUAACAGUAAUACGAUUACAUUUAAAUUUGAUAAAACUAGAUGGAUGUGUGACUUCAACUUUCUAGUAAAAGUUGAAAGAUAAAACAAAGUCUUAAAAUUAAAAAGACUUAUCUGUCAUUAACUUAGUAACCCAUUGACACUUCAAUCAUUGAUCAUUGACUACAAUAUUCUCAAUUAUUUUCAAUGACUCAAUGUCAAUGAAUAUUAUGCCCAGACAAUACACCUCAUCCGAUAGUAUUUGGAUCUUCAAAUUGUCUGUCAUGUACAAGAGACUGUUUUUAAAUCUCAUUUCAAAGUUUCGGAUACCGCACAUACAUUUCAAAUCUCUUUAUAUGAGAGCUUAAUGGCCUUUUCACAGUGAUAAGCAGUACAAUAUAUUAAUCUAAACUGUAAAACUAUGAUAUAAAUGGCAAUUUACUGGCUUCCCAAUUGCCCUGGUAGUGAUUAUAACUCCUUUAUUAGCAUUUUCACGUGUUAUUAGUAUUAGCAGUGCUACAUAUUAAUCUAAACCUAUAUUUUCUUUUAGAGCUCAAAGAAAGUGACAACAAUCCCAGGUCUUGACCCUUCCACUUCUGAGUAAGUAGACAUAAUGUAUGAAACAUUUCAGGUGAAAACAAAACUUUGCACUUUUUUUUGUCAAUUCAGUUCUCAUAAAUACAUGUAAUGAAAUGAUAAUAUAUAUAUGGGGCAGCGUUUAAGCCAUGUGAAGUAAAUGAAUAGUGUAACAAUAAUGACUUACUCAAAAACAUACGUUUUCUUUUUUAUUAAUAUUUAUUUGUUUUUAUUGUAUUUUCUGCUGAAGAAGGCUUUUAGCCGAAAUGUCAGUUUCAUUGUCAUGUCUUUUUUUCAAGCCUAAAAAUAUCUUGCUACACUAUUUUUUUACAAGCAUUGAAAAAGGUAUGCUCAUAGGAUUUAACUGCAGCAAAAAUAUGCAAUCAAUUGAAUCAAAUGAGGGACAUCUCUUGAUGUAAUGACAAAAGCUGUUUUAUUUUUCCCUGACAUAUAUAGAUAUUUCUUUUCUUAGGUGGCAUAUUAAAAUACCACUUUUCACUCAUCAGGGAUGGUAACUUGAGUGAUAUAGCCAGAGCAGGAAGUUUGCAUGAGUUUUUAAUGGAGACUCAUGCACAGUUUGGACCCAUUACAGGAUUUUGGUGGGGUCAGACCUAUGCAGUUAGCAUUGCAUCUCCAGAUCUUUUCAAACAACAUGCUAGUGUGUUUGACAGACCGAGUAAGCAUCAAUAAAUAUAUUUUAAGCUUUCAUUGUAUGAAUGUAUUUAAUUUUUGUUUUGUCAAAAAAAUGUUAAAAAAUUCUGAAUUAAAACGCAAUAAUCUCUACUUUUUUAGAGGUGGAUGAUAAAUUAAUUUAUGUUAAGUUUUUCUUUUGAGAAAAGAGCUGUUUAAAAUAUGUCCCUCAAGCCUGUUCUGUGGACCAUGGUUCUCCCUUCACUUUAUUGAGAAAAAUUAUAAGAAUCACUUGAUUGGUUUUUACUCAUGCUACCCAGGUAUUAGACUAAAUUAAUUUCUGGGGUGUUUUUUAACUAUUUUCCCAUUAACAUCGGACACCCAUGGUCCUGAACGCCAUUUUUCAUUGUAGUGUAUUAAGCCUAAGUAAAUUGAACACAUGCAAUUGCUAGGAAAUUUAAUACAUAUUUACAUGUAUAUACCUUUAUUGCUUAAUUUUGUCCCUUUGUGUUGUAUUUCAAUUUCAAUGUUGCUUUAUUUUGACAAUGUCUUGGUUGUUUUUAUAUUAUUUACAAAAACACCACAUUGCCAUAGUCAGGAAUUCUUUUUGUUCUCAGGUGGGAAAAGUUGGGGAAAAAGUAGGGAAUUUUAGUUUAAAAGAGUGGGAACCAUUUAUACAUGCUAAUGAAGAAUAUGGUAAUAACCUAAAACCUUUUUUUGUUCCUUCAGCUGAGUUGUUUAAACUUUUUGAGCCAAUGAUAGGACCAUUAUCAAUCCAAUAUGCUAAUGGUGCUGAUGGCCGCAAGCGUAGGCAGUGCUAUGAUCGUGCAUUUGAACAUGAAAAAUUGCAUGGCUAUUAUGAAACUUUCCAAAAGGUAUGUUGUGUCAGAGUUUUAAAAAAAAAAACUGUUCUUUUUGUGUUGCUUGUAAUAAUAUGUAGAAAAAUAACUGAUGUUUAAAUUCAGAAGUUGUCCCUGCAUAUUAUGGCUAUAUUUAUGAUAAUGAAUACAUUUCCCCACUCUAUCAUGUCAAAGAUGUAUUAUUCAUGCACUUUUUCAGUGAAUUACUUUUGUAUUGCAAUAAAGUUAUUUUCUUAAGUGAAACUUAUUUUUGUAAAAAUUAACUGCAUGAUAAAUACAUUUCUUUGUUAAAACUUUUAGCUUAGCUUCUGUCUGUCAUUUGUAUCUAUUAUUUUUUUAGGCUUCCAACGGGGUCGUAAAAAAAUGGCUGGAUAAAGGUGAGCAGGACCAUAUUCCCUUGUCUGAAGACAUGUUUAGUUUUGCAAUCAAGUCAGCCCUGUUUACACUUAUGGGUGAGAGCUUCAAUGAUGAGAAACUGGUCUUGAGUGUGAAGACUGCUUAUGAUAAGGUGACAAUUUAAACAAAUUCAAAACCAGUCAGUCCUCCUAGAAAUCAUAUCUAAUCAUUAAUUCUUAUAUUUGAGAAUUAUAAACAAUCCUAGGGCUAGCAAGUUACAUAAAAAUUAUGCAUUUUUUAACAGUUUAUUAUAUAAGUUCUACUCUACUUUAUAUAACAAGUUGUUCAUCGGCUAAUUUAAUUUUCUGAUUUAUUAAAUAAGAUUGUUUAUUUCUCAGUUUGCAUGAAUCAUAUUUUUUACAUUUAUUCAUGUGUGUCAAUUAAGGAAUUUUUAAUUAACCAGAUUAAUAGGAUUUACUAAAGUAUUAUUUUCAUGCAUCAUAUAAAAUGCUACCUUAUUUAUUAUUUUAUCUCUGUUCAUUAAUAAUUGUAUCAACAGGCAUGGGGGGAGAUGGAGCAUCGUCUAACAGAUCCUAUUAUUCCAAAUGAGAAAAGUCCAAGGAUUAAGCAAUUUGAUGAAGGUAGGAUGAGGAUACAUUUUUUUUUAAAUGAUAUUUUUUUCUAAGUUUAAGAAGCAGCAGUUAUCAAAAUAAUAGAAAGAUGAAAAAGACUAGACAAACAAUACAUAAAUGGACAAAUUUUUUAUAAAUGCAGACAACACGAAGAAUGAAACAGAGAAAGAAAAUUAAGGAACCAUUUCAUACAAUGAGUUGCAGAAAAAAACAUAGCAUCAUAUACGGGGGGUAUAAUCCAAAAUAUACACAGAUCGAGCUUUUAAAGGAGCCCUACAUGCAGGCUACGGUGAGCAAAUAGAGUGCCCUGGCCAAACAUGAUGAACUCUGCAAUGGGAUUUCUGAAGUAAUUAAGCAGACGCCACUGCCAUUGGAGCACAAUAACAACACCUGUCCACCGUUUUCACAACUCAUCCUGACUAACAAACAGAAUGUCGUCUUCUCUGAAUGCUAAUCAAGACUCCAUGCAGCCAAGCAACCAAGAUCUCAUAAUAACAACAGUAAAACCAUUAUUACUAAAAAUGUGAACAUGUGCAGUCAAGACAACCCUGCAGUGGAUACCAGAGCACAACAUAUUCAGGGAAGUGAGAGAGAGCACACAAACUAGCGAGGUUAGCAUCCAGUAAACAGCCAAGUGUACCCACAUCGCUCAACACAGCCUAAGAGAUCAUCAGAGUGAACAAAAAGAAAGAGUGGUUAAAUGGAGGGGCUCUGGGCUCAACAGGAAGAUGUGUGCUUCCACACACUACCAACCCAGAUUCCAAGGACAGGAAAGCCUAGGGCAAGAACAGGUUCUGCUUGGGCGCAGGACAUAUACAAAUACAACUUAGUUCACCCCUGAGCCAGAUGAAUCAAGAUAAAACACAAUGUGCCCCCUCUUGAAACAUCCAAAUGAGAAAGGAACACAUCACCUCUUUCACUCUAUUAUUUACACCUUAAUUAUCCAUCAAAAGUACCAGACUACACCAACACCCUAUAUACAGAUGUAGAACAUGUGCAGAGAGUAUGCACAUGGUUCACAAUGUUUUCAGGUUGAAGGGCACGUACCCAUGGGAUGCUGACUUUGGAUUAUGAUGUGUGAACUGUUUUAUUAAAGUUGGUCACCUUGCCACACUGUGAUAACAAAUAAGUCUCUUUAAUUAACUUAAUGGAUACUGAAUGUUUUGUUCCUAUAUUAUUUUGCAUUAAUGUUGAUAAGGUUUAUAUGGGAUAGUAAAAAGGGAAACAUUUUAGAGAAAUGUUCAACAUCUUGACACAAUAUUGUCUAGUCUAGCAUAUGUGUGGAACUAUUUUUAGCCACCACCAAUUCUCUACCCACAAUGGCAUAGAUAUUGGCAUCACAUCACAGAGUAAAUGUGCUGUGUCACUCCUCCCUUCCCCAUCCCUUUCUUGGCUGAGAAUAGGUUGUUUACGUUCGAAUGAAUCCGUUUUAUGUAGUCUAAGGAAUGCUUUUGGUGACACAAUUUCUGUACUAAAAUGUUCUGAGUUGGUCUUUAUAUAUAGGCUGUGUGCUUUCUUAGUAAAUGGAUAGAUAGAGACAGUGAGAGAGAGAUUUUCUCUAUACAAGACGUUAUAUAAUUGUGUGUGUAAAUUAAUAUUUGUAUUUUGAGGAAUGUACCUUUCUCACAUGCUGUAAGUUGAUAUAAUUUUUGCUUCUGUACUCGAAUUUGUAUUUUUUAUAGAAAUUUAUCUGUAUAAUUAAAUUGAACAUUGUUACUAUCACUAGCUUUGGCUAUGUUUUAUGCCAUACUGUUUUUCUCACUCCUUUGUUUCGUAUGUUUUUUAUAUGAGCCAAAUCUUAGCGCUGAUUAAAUUUUCAAAACCAUAAAAAUCUCUCUUGCUUAUAAACAAUGAUUUAAAUUAUUCCAGCAUUAAAGUACAUUCAAAACACUGUUCAGAAAGUGGUGCAACAUCGUAAAGCUCACAAUGCCAAAGAGCAAGGUCACCUCUUGAUAGAUGCCAUCCUAGAAGUGAGCUCUAGUGAGGAACAAGUCAAUAGUGACACCAUCACAUACAUGGUUGGUGCCUUUCACACAACAGCCAACUGUGAGUAUACUUAUUCAAGGAUUUCUGCUGACUAACUCUGAGUAUUAGCCUACCACUAAUAUAACCGGAUGUUUUCGUAUCCAGAAAUUUGUUUGAAAGAAUCCGUCGACAGAAAAUUGAUAGACGGAAAUUUGGUGGAAUCUUUUUUUCAGUUCACACGUUAAAAUGUUGUGUCCAAUUUCUUUUUGAACGCAUCAUUUUGUUUUACUAUAUAGUAUAGUGCUUUCAAAAAGAAAUUUGACGAAAAUUUUAACGUGUCAACUGAAAAAAAAAGAUUUGACACAAUUUCGUUCCAUAAAUUUUCCGUCAAUGAAAAUUCUUUCAAACAAAUUUCCGGUAACCGGAUGUUUUAUGUCUCCUGUGGUUUUAUUGAUACAAAUUUGAGCACAGCUGUUCCCCUCUAGAGCUGGAAUAAGCUAAACUGCCAACAGCUCUGCCUUGUAUUUUAAAAUGUUACUUGAUGUAUACCAAACGUCCAACUUACACCUUGGUCUGACAGUGCUAACAUGGUGCAUCUACUUCCUGGCCACACACUCUGAUGUUCAAGAAAAGCUGUUGAAGGAGCUGAAGAAGGUCCUGGGGGACAAAAAUGUAGUUGAUGACCAAACCUAUGGUCAGCUGAGGUAAGCCUGUCAAUUCUUUAGUUUCUCUGAUAGACCAUGGAACUAAUAAGCUUAACAGAAGAUCUAUAAAUUUCCUGGAAAAACUUUUCUAUAAAAUGAACUAUUCAUUUUAUAUUACACAAACAUCAGGCACAUGAUCUACUUGUAGGAUCCCAAAUCUCUUUCUUUGUUUUGUAAAGUAUUAUGUGACUAAAUUAAUUUUAAAGUACAUUGUUCUGUCAUUAAUUUCCUAUUUUAAUGUUCAGUUACAUGAAUCAGGUGCUGAAUGAAACCUUACGUUGUGCUGUAGUGGCGCCAUGGGCUGCCAGGGUUCAAGACUUUGACACAGAGUUAGGUGGGCACAGAAUCCCUAAAAAUGUAAGUCUUGAUGGAAAUCCUUUAGCAAUAGCUCUGAAGACUUAAAGAAAAUUAAGAGAGAAAAACUAACACUGGAAUGCUCAAUCAGUACCUCCUGAUUUCUUUGUAUAAUUUGUAUAAAAUGGAAAAUCUGUCUUACUGAAUCUGAAAUUCAUUUUACUUUUUUUUUAAAAAAUUAUUUUCCAUACAUAAAGCUGUUUUCUUUCACAUUUAAGAAACAUUUUUUUAACCAUUUUUAUUGUCCCAUUCGGUGAAUCUGUUUUUAUAAACUUGCUGAUUAGUAUAACAUGUUAAAUCAGUGCAAGCUUUACCUAAGAAAUGUCAAUUUGUUUCAUUGCCAUUGUGUUUUGGUGAUUAAUUUUUUUCUUCCUAUUUACCUACUUGCUAUUGUUGUCUAAAGACACCUGUGAUUCAUGCACUGGGAGUUGUACUUCAUGACGAGAAGUUUUGGCCGUUACCAAAUAAGUAAGUCAUGGUGUUAAUCAUAUCUGCAUCCCCGGUCGUUCUUGUUUAUUUGAAUUGAAAUUAAAAGAUUUCAUCUUUUUCUGUACAUCUGACCUUUUAUUUCUCAAUCAAAAAUUUUUAAAUUUUUUUUUAAAACCAAGAAUUAGUUUAAGUAUUUAUUAUUUGCUUUGGCAUUAUGAAGCUCAACAAUUGUAUUUUAAAAUUUUACUUUUUGCAAAAAUGUUUGAGAAACUAGUUAACCUACACUGGACUUCUGGGCUCUUACUUACCCUUAAAAAAACAAUACUUUUCACUGUCUAACCAAAGUAGCUUCAACAUCAAAUAAAGAGAAUUAACAAAUAUGUUUUUGCUUUUCUAGACUAAGCGGGAAGAUUUUUUAAGAAAGGUUAUGAAAACUUAGGGGUUGUCCGUCAGGCUCAAAACACCAAAUUUUUAAAAAAAUAUGAAUUAAAGAAUUUGUGGGUUGUUUUAUAUUUAUUUUGACAUUGAUUUUAACAAGAAAUGUCUGCAUUCCCGUGAAAAUGCCAACAAAUUUUUAAAAAUUAUAGUGAUCUCAUCUAGAGUAAGACUAUCAAUUUUUCUAUUUUAGAAAAUUCCCUCUAUGCUUAGUCUGUUUCUGUUAAUAAUUAAAUUAGGUGGCAGCGUUGGUAUUUUUAGAUCUUAAAUUAAACUUUUUAACACAAAGGUUUCCCAAGGUGUUGUGAGGGACACUUCUGAAAUCAUAGAACUACCAUUAUAGAUUAGCAUGGAGAUUUAUAAAAAUAUUAUUAUUUGAUAAUGACUAUCUUUAUGAACUGUUGAUAUUCAGCGUCAAACCUCAUCUUUCAGAUUUGAUCCAGAUCGUUUUAGUGUUGAGCAGAGCAAGAAUAGAUCUUCCUAUACCUUCAGUCCCUUUGGCUUUGCUGGUAAACGAAAAUGUCCUGGAUACAAGUUUUCAUAUCUAGAGUCUGCCAUAUUGCUCAGCACUUUGAUAAGGAAGUAAGUCUUAUUUACCGUCAAAAGUCAUAUUUGAUUAAUUAGUUCAAGACACCACUGGUGCGACUCGUUAAUGACUAUCUAAACAAGAGACGGGCAUGGGGUUAUAAUGUUAUUCCUCCAUACUUAAUGAUAUGAAAUGGUUACCUUACUGUCCUAUAGGAGCUAGAAAUGUAUGUCUGACAAAGUAUUUAACUAAAAGUGGCAAGCUGCAGAAAUAUACAGGUUUACUCAUCUACUCUUUAUUUGUCUUGAGGCAUGUGAAGUUUCAAUUCUUCUUCUUCUAAAUAUUAAGGGCCCACGAUCAAUUUAUUGAUUAUUCUGGCUCCUAUGCAUGUAGAUGGGAUUUGCAAUGUUUCUGUGCCUGGUGUUGAGGAUAUUUCACUGGUUACAAGGGCUACUUUGUGUUGGUAUCAUGCACUGGGGGUUGGAAGGUCUGAGGCAAUAUAUGCAAAUGUGUCUAGUGUUGUCGCCUCAACUGUUCCUUUUGAAAGCUUGUUCCAGUCCCUGAUUGUCUUUGGCAGGAAUGAGCAGUUCCUGUUCUGACUUUUUGCUGGUAUGAGCCGGAACUGCUUGUCAGGCCUCGUCACUGUCUAUGGGGGAGAGGGACGAGUUUCUAUUUAAUGCUGGAGCAGUGGACCAGCCCAUUAUUUAUCUUGUACAUCAUGGAGAGCCUGGAUAGUCGUCGUCGUUCCUCCAAUGGUGACCAGCCCUGUGUUUCCAGCAUGCUGCAACACUAGAGGUAUUCCUGCAGCAGUUCAGGACAAAGCAUGCUGCCCGUAGCUGGACUGCCUCCAACUUGUCGAUGCUCAAAUGGGUCCCAAACUGAAGAUGCAUAAUCUAAAAGCGGCCAGACAAAGGUUUAUUGGCCCUUUCUUUCACACUUGAGUUGCCGAUCUUUAGAGUAUGCCUUAGGAACCCUAGGGUCUUGUUUGCCUGGGUGCACACAUUGUUAUGAGGCGAUGUGAGGCGAGGAAUAAAUUAACCACCACUAUGAUCCUAUCCACCAGUUAGUUAUCUGUGGGGAAAUAACGUCUGUGCUAUUUCACUAUUCUAUAAACCAGAGAAAAAUUAGCAGUAUCAUUUACAAUUAUUGAUAUGGCCAUUAAAGGCAAGAAGUAAAGAAAUUUACAGAAAUUUACAUAAUUUGUUACAAUUGCCCUGUGUAAUAUUUUACAUAUCAUCCAGAGAGGCCAGAAGUUUAUUUUUUCUGUGGCUGAUGAGAAGGGGACCUAACCCCUUGACAACAUGCUGUCACACAAUCCCCAGAUCGUUUUAAGAAAUAAAAUGAAUUCCAUAAAUAGUGCAACUUAGAUUGAGCUAGUAGUAAAUGCCUCAUGGUCUGCUCGAAAAAAAAAAAAAAAUUAUUUUAUUUUUUACAUCUUGUAACUUAAAUUGUAACAAUCUUUUCUUAUCAACAGAUUUAAGAUAAGCCUGUGGGAAGAUCAAGUGGUCCAGCCAGUAUAUGGCUUAGUUACCCAUCCACAGGAAGAAAUCUGGAUCAAGGUUGCCAAAAGACAGUAGAAAGUUUAACAUAACUAUUCAUUUGUUAAGAUUCACAAAAUCGAAAACAUGAAGCUGUCUGUUUUCUCUGUAUGUAUUGAAGAUUUUGUGAAUAAAUUGAGAUCUUGCCAAGAUAUUUAUGUUCAAUUUCAGAUUUGAUUCUCUGUACUUCCAACAUUUUAUAAGGACUAUAAAUAACAUCUGUGCUCAGAAAAAUGUAUUGGAUUCAAACUAAAACAACGACCAAUGCAUAUAAAAACAAAAAGUAUGUUAAAAUUUUUAUGUAUUUUUUUAAAGUUGCUAUUAAUUGGCACAUGCAAUCAUAAAAGCUUGCAAAGUUAAGAUAAAAAUUUGAUGAUUUAUUAAGCUUAAAUUUGACCAAAAAUUUGGAAGUUGAGGUUUUACUAUGCACAAUUAUUCAACUUAAGUUAUUACUGGUCAGUGACAUUUUGCCCAUAUUCUGAAAGAAAUACAUUUUUUUUUCAAAAUUCUUAUAUUCCGCCACAUUAGCGCAUCUGUAAGGCUAGUCAGUGCAAAGGAGUUCAAAGAAUUAUAAAGCCUUGUCUUAAAAUAUUUUACAGAAAAAUCAUCAUUAUUGAGAAUUGGACAAAAAUAUCCCCCCAAAAAUGGUAAGAUGAUAGUAAUAUAACUCAGACAUUAUUUGGGCUGCAUUAUUGCUGAAAACCCACUGCCUUUUCAUUUUAAGAUUUGUAUUUUCCUGAGGAAAUUUAGUCAUCUUUUGCAUCAUUUAUGGUGGUCAAAACUUUGACUUUUUUGUGUGAAUCCCAGCUGUUGUAAUUUAGUUUUUUCCUACAGAGACUAAAUUUGAAAUAAAGAACCAUAAAAAUAAACUUGAUAUUAAUAUCCCUCAUCAACACUUAAUUAUUUCAUCUACUCCAAAUUCUACUUAAUGAGUCUGGGUAUUGAUUUGUAAACAUUUCCUAAAUUAGUGGAUGAAGAACAAAGAAAAUAAAGUAGGAACAAUGUCUAAACUUUAUUUGAUAAGGGCUUUUGGUAAAAACAAAAAAUUGGAGCGAUGUACACAUUAGUUGUUUUGUAAAUACUAUUUGUAGAUAAUUCUCAUGUCUACUGAUUUAAAAAUUUCAUUACACCAUACACUGGUACAAGUCUUAACCUGGUUUGACUUUUUUUCGACCUAAUGAUUUAUACUUUUGUAUAACUUAAGACCUCAUGGCCAGGCACCUGAUUGGCCAUUGCUUUAGACCACUGCUGCUAAUCCCAGGAAAUCUUUUUUUUUUCUUUAACUGUUUAAGAGUUUAUUUUUCGGCAAGAUUUAAAAACCCAAACUGUGAUCUGUUUCAAAAUCUUUUACCGAAAUACCAUUUCAGAAAGUUCCGGUUUACCUUCACUUCUAAAAAUUGCAAAUUUAAUGUUAUUUAGCUUUCUUCCAUUUAUAAAAAGGUGUACUUCUAGGGAACCUUCUAAAAAAAUGUAUAUAUAAAUGCAUGGUGUGGGUAGUUUUAUUUUAAUUUUUUUCUUCUCAGUUAUGGAAUAUUAAUUACAUUUAUUUAUAUCAUGCUUGAAUAUGGGUAAAAAUGACAGAUGCUUUUUAAGAGUUUAUGUUUAGAUAUUUUGUGUAGCUGACUCAUAUGAAUCAUGGGAAAUGGUUUGAAAGGUUUCAUUAUGUUCUCUUACAAAAAAAUAAUUAAACAAUAAAAUCAUAAAUGAACACAUUUUCUGUUUCAUUAUUUCAACUUGCGUACAUUUGAAUGUUGCUGUCACGAAAGAAAUCUAAAAUGCUAAACGAAAAAAUUCUUUAGGUGUUUCUAUAUUAAAAUUUC